AUGAGCACCGCCGCCUUCCACAUCUCCAGCCUCCUGGAGAAGAUGACGUCCAGCGACAAGGACUUCAGGUUCAUGGCCACCAGUGAUCUGAUGUCGGAGCUUCAGAAGGACUCCAUCCAGCUGGACGAGGAGAGUGAGCGCAAGGUGGUGAAGAUGCUGCUCCGGCUCCUGGAGGACAAGAACGGGGAGGUGCAGAACCUGGCGGUCAAGUGCCUGGGUCCUCUGGUGGGCAAAGUGAAGGAGUACCAGGUGGAGACCAUCGUGGACGCCCUCUGUGCCAACAUGCGGUCAGACAAGGAGCAGCUCCGAGACAUCGCUGGCAUCGGCCUCAAGACCGUCCUGUCGGAGCUCCCCACUGCAGCCACAGGCUCCAGCCUGGCCUCCAGCGUGUGCCGGAAGAUCACCGGCCAGCUCACCAGUGCGAUCGCCCAGCAGGAGGACGUGGCCGUGCAGCUGGAAGCCCUGGACAUCCUUUCUGACAUGCUGAGCAGGCUGGGAGCUCCGCUGGGCGCCUUCCACGCCAGCCUCCUGCACUGUCUGCUGCCGCAGCUGAGCAGUCCACGCCUGGCCGUGCGCAAGCGGGCCGUUGGGGCGCUCGGCCACCUGGCGGCCGCCUGCAGCACCGACCUCUUCGUGGAGCUCGCUGACCACCUCCUGGACCGGCUGCCCGGCCCACGCGCGCCAGCCAGCCCCGCGGCGAUCCGCACCCUCAUCCAGUGUUUGGGCAGCAUUGGCCGCCAGGCAGGCCACCGCCUGGGGGCCCACCUGGACCGCCUGGUGCCCCUGGUGGAGGAGUUCUGCAACCUGGAUGAUGACGAACUUCGGGAGUCCUGCCUCCAGGCCUUUGAGGCCUUCCUGAGGAAGUGUCCCAAGGAAAUGGGCCCUCACGUGCCCAACGUGACCAGCCUCUGCCUUCAGUAUGUAAAGCAUGACCCCAACUAUAACUACGACAGUGACGAGGAUGAGGAGCAGAUGGAGACCGAGGACAGCGAGUUCAGCGAGCAAGAGAGUGAGGAGGAAUACAGCGAUGACGACGACAUGAGCUGGAAGGUGCGCCGGGCAGCGGCCAAGUGCCUGGCAGCCCUGAUCGACUCUCGGCCCGACCUGCUGCCUGACUUCCACUGCGCCCUGGCGCCCGCACUCAUCCACCGCUUCAAGGAGCGCGAGGAGAACGUCAAGGCCGACGUGUUUGGGGCUUACAUCGUGCUGCUGCGGCAGACGCGGCCCCCAAAGGGGUGGCUGGAGGUCACGCAGGAGCCCACCCAGACCAGCAGCAGCCUCCAGAUGCUGCGAGGACAGGUGCCUCUUGUGAUGAAGGCCCUGCAGCGGCAGCUGAAAGAUCGGAGUGCCAGGGCCCGCCAGGGCUGCUUCAGCCUCCUCACCGAGUUGGCGGGCGUCCUCCCGGGCAGCCUGGCGGAGCACAUGCCCGUGCUGGUAGCAGGCAUUGUCUUCUCGCUGGCGGACCGCUCCAGCUCCUCCACCAUCCGGAUGGACGCCCUGGCCUUCCUGCAGGGGCUGCUGGGCACGGAGCCGGCCGAGGCCUUCCAGCCCCACCUGCCCACUCUCCUGCCACCAGUGAUGGCCUGCGUGGCCGACCCUUUCUACAAGAUCGCAGCAGAGGCCCUGCUGGUGCUCCAGGAGCUGGUGAGGGCACUGUGGCCGCUGGAUGCGCCUCGGAAGCUGGACCCCGAGCCCUACGUUGGAGAGAUGUCUGCGGCCACCCUGGCCCGGCUUCGGGCCACCGACCUGGACCAGGAGGUGAAGGAGCGGGCCAUCUCCUGCAUGGGCCACCUCGUGGGUCACCUGGGCGACCGACUCGGGGGCGACCUGGAGCCGUCGCUCUUGCUCCUCCUGGACCGCCUGCGGAACGAGAUCACACGGCUCUCGGCCGUCAAGGCACUGACACUGGUGGCCAUGUCCCCGCUGCGGAUCAACCUGCAGCCCAUCCUGGCCGAGGCACUGCCCAUCCUGGCCUCCUUCCUGCGCAAGAACCAGCGGGCGCUGCGGCUGGCCACGCUGGCGGCCCUGGCCGCGCUGGCCCAGAGCCAGGGCCCCGGUCUCCCGCCGUCUGCCGUGCGGGCUGUGCUGGCUGAGCUGCCCGCCCUGGUCAGCGAGAGCGACAUGCAUGUGGCCCAGCUGGCCGUGGACUUCCUUGCUACUGUGACCCGUGCCCAGCCAGCCUCCAUGGCCGAGGUCAGCGGCCCCGUGCUGGCCGAGGUGCUGCGGUUGCUGCGCUCGCCCCUGCUGCCAGCUGGGGUACUGGCGGCCACCGAAGGCUUCCUGCAGGCCCUGGUGGGGGCCCGGCCGCCAUGCAUGGACUAUGCCAAGCUCAUCGGCUUGCUCACGGCGCCUGUGUACGAGCAGGCGGCGGACGGCGGGCCCGGCCUGCACAAGCAGGUGUUCCACUCGCUGGCCCGCUGCGUGGCGGCCCUGGCCGCAGCCUGUCCCCAGGAGGCGGCGGGCACGGCCAACCGCCUGGUCGGUGAUGCCAGGUCGCCCAGCUCGAGCCCUGGGGUCAAGGUCCUGGCGUUCCUGUCGCUGGCCGAGGUGGGCCAGGUGGCCGGGCCGGGCCCACAGCGGGAGCUGAAGGCGGUGCUCCUGGGAGCCCUGGGCUCGCCCAGUGAGGACGUGAGGGCGGCCGCCUCCUACGCGCUGGGCCGCGUGGGCGCGGGGAACCUGCCCGACUUCCUGCCCUUCCUGCUGGGGCAGAUGGAGGCCGAGCCCCGGAGGCAGUACCUGCUGCUGCACUCGCUGCGGGAGGCCCUGGGGGCCGCCCAGCCUGACAGCCUGAAGCCCUACGCCGAGGACAUCUGGGCCCUGCUGUUCCAGCGCUGCGAGGGUGCCGAGGAGGGCACCCGGGGGGUGGUGGCCGAGUGCAUCGGGAAGCUUGUCCUCGUAAACCCUCCCUUCCUCCUGCCCCGGUUCCGGAAGCAACUCGCUGCAGGUCGGCCACACACCCGCUGCACCGUCAUCACAGCAGUUAAGUACCUCAUCUCCGAUCAGCCCCACCCCAUCGAUCCCCUCCUGAAGACCUUCAUCGGAGAAUUCAUGGAGAGCCUGCAGGACCCGGACCUGAACGUGCGCCGGGCCACACUGGCUUUCUUCAACUCCGCCGUGCACAACAAGCCCUCUCUGGUCCGCGACCUGCUGGACGACAUCCUGCCCUUCCUCUACCAGGAGACGAAGAUCCGCCGCGACCUCAUCCGAGAGGUGGAGAUGGGGCCCUUUAAGCACACGGUGGACGAUGGGCUGGACGUGCGGAAGGCGGCCUUCGAGUGCAUGUACUCGCUGCUGGAGAGCUGCUUGGGCCAGCUGGACGUCUGCGAGUUCCUGAACCACGUGGAGGAUGGCUUGAAGGACCACUACGAUAUCCGGAUGCUGACCUUCAUCAUGCUCGCCCGACUGGCUGCCCUAUGUCCUGUGCCCGUCCUGCAGAGGGUGGACCGGCUCAUCGAGCCCCUCAGGGCCACCUGCACUGCCAAGGUCAAAGCUGGUUCCGUGAAACAAGAGUUUGAGAAGCAAGAUGAACUGAAGCGCUCAGCCAUGAGGGCAGUGGCUGCCCUGCUGACCAUCCCGGAAGUGGGCAAGAGCCCCAUCAUGGCUGACUUCUCAUCUCAAAUUCGAUCCAAUCCCGAACUGGCUGCCCUCUUUGAAAGCAUCCAGAAGGAUUCCGUUUCGGCUCCCAGCACAGACUCCAUGGAACUCAGCUAG